CAUGAUAUGAUAUGAAAGAAGGAUGAGAGAUUAUACUAUAGAUGGACACCUCUGUGCAAGCCCAGUUUCGCCCAGCCCUAAAAGCUUUUUGAAUCACAAGAUUUGUUUGGGAGCAGGAGUAGGACAUGACAUUGCUUUCAAUAAACAACAACAAAUUCAUAUUUUGAUUUUCUUUUUUCUUCUUUUCCCAUUCACUGUCAAAGAGAAAUCAAAUGUGACAGCACUCUCGCUGAUGCUGCAAGCACCGACCUUGAGAGAAGCGUCCGUGUGUAAUUCAUCGCCUUUGGUAUUAGAAACCCUAAUUCACCUUCUCUAGUAAUCAGACAGCAGGUUCUUCUUCAGGUUAAGGGUCUCCAAUUAGGGUGUUAGGUUAUGGCUGCCAUGAAGCUAAUUGCAAUAUGUCAGUCCGGAGGCAAGUUUUUGACUGAGAAAGACGGUUGUUUGUCAUAUAAAGGUGGUGAUGCUCAUGCUAUAGACAUUGAUGAUGAAAUGAAGUUUGACGAGUUCAAGGUGGAAGUGGCCGAAAUGUUUAACAUUAGAACUGAUAGCAUGUCUAUCAAGUAUUUCCUUCCUGGGAAUAAGAAGACUCUCAUUACUGUAUCUAAUGACAAGGAUCUGAAGCGGAUGAUUAAAUUUCAUGGGAGUUCUUCUACUGUUGAUAUUUAUAUCCUUUUUGAAGAGGUAGUUGCCCUUGAGGUAUCAAACAUGCCUGGCAGUAGGUCAAGCAGAACAACAUUGUCUGAAACAGUAGCACCGGCACCACUCAAUGCUUGUCACAGUCAUAUUGUUGAUACUGUGCUUGAUCAUGAUACCAAUCAAAUUGAUACAAAUAUGGAUAUGGACAUGCUGCCGGAAAUUUCUCCCUCUCUUCCUCUUCAAUCCUCAAUCGAAGAGAAGUAUGCCAAGGGAGCACAGCAGUGGCAAAAUACUAUAACAGGGGUGGGUCAAAGGUUCAGUAGUGUACAUGAGUUUCGAGAAUCCUUGCGUAAAUAUGCCAUUGCCCAUCAAUUUGCUUUCAAAUAUAAGAAAAAUGAUAGUCAUCGAGUAACUGUUAAAUGCAAAGCAGAUGGUUGUCCUUGGAGAAUUCAUGCAUCAAGGUUGUCAACCACUCAGUUGAUAUGUAUAAAGAAAAUGAAUUCAACUCAUACCUGUGAUGGGGCUUUUGCAACAACAGGGCAUCAAGCAACUAGGAGUUGGGUGGCCAGUAUUAUAAAGGAGAAGUUGAAAGAUUUUCCGGAUUACAAACCUAAGGACAUUGUCAAUGACAUCAAACAGGAAUAUGGAAUUCAACUGAACUAUUUUCAAGCAUGGCGUGGGAAAGAGAUUGCUAAAGAGCAGCUUCAGGGUUCUUAUAAAGAGGCAUACAGUCAGUUACCUUUCUUCUGUGAAAAGUUAAUGGAGGCUAAUCCUGGUAGUCUUGCCAUGUGCACAACAAAGGAAGACUCAAGCUUCGAUCGUCUCUUCGUAUCACUUCAUGCUUUGUUGCAUGGCUUCCAACAAGGUUGCCGACCACUAAUUUUCCUUGAUAGCAUUCCAUUGAGGUCAAAAUACCAAGGAACACUGUUAGCAGCAACUUCUGCAGAUGCUGAUGAUGGUGUGUAUCCUGUUGCCUUUGCUAUUGUUGAUGAUGCAGAAUGUGAUGAUAGCUGGCAUUGGUUCUUACUUCAACUCAAAUCGGUGCUUUCAACAUCUUGUCCCAUAACAUUUGUAGCAGACAGAGAGAAGGGGCUGAAAACUUCAAUUGCAGAGAUAUUUGAAGGUUCAUUUCAUGCAUACUGCCUGCGAUAUUUGACUGAGCAACUUUUUAGAGACUUGAAAGGGCAGUUUUCUCAUGAGGUAAAGCGACUCAUGAUUGAGGAUUUAUAUGCUGCUGCGUAUGCCACCAAACCAGAAGGUUUUCACAACUCAAUGGAGAGCAUUAAAAAGAUUUCUGAAGAAGCUUACAAUUGGAUUAUUCAAAGUGAACCUCAGAACUGGGCAAAUUCAUUUUUUCAGGGUACUAGAUAUAAUCACAUGACAUCCAACUUUGGGGAGCUCUUCUAUAGUUGGGUAUCUGAUGCAGAUGAAUUGCCGAUAACGCAGAUGGUCGAUGUAAUUAGGGGUAAGAUUAUGGAGUUGAUAGUUGCCAGAAAGACUGCAUCAGAACAAUGGGAAACUAGGUUGAGUCCAUCCAUGGAAGAUAAGCUUAAAAAAGAAAGUCAAAAAAAUCAUUCACUUUCAGUUCUGCAAUCAACAUGUAGCACCUAUGAGGUAUGUGGCGACACAACUGAGGUGGUUGAUAUUGACAGAUGGGAAUGUAGUUGUAAAGCCUGGCAACUGACUGGUGUGCCAUGUUGUCAUGCCAUUGCCGUAAUUGUUGGCAUUGGCCAAAGUGUUUAUGAUUAUUGCUCCAGAUACUGUACAACGGAGAGCUACAGGUUGACAUACUCGGAGAUUGUGCAUCCAAUUUCAGAUGCGGAAAUGUCUGCUUCAAAAGAUUCUCAGCUUGUGGUAACAGUAACACCUCCUCCCACCAAAAGACCUCCUGGUCGACCAGCUACAAAGCGAUUUGGACCUCAUGAAGUAGUCAAGCGCCAUCUACAUUGCAGCCGAUGCAAGGGACUUGGACAUAACAAGUCUACUUGCAAGGAGUAACUAUAGCACUGGAUACCAUCAUAUAGUUUCAGCCAAGGAUCGGUAGCACAAGGGUAUGUACAUUGCAUCUAACUGAUCUUCUGAAAGGACUGAAAAAAGACACUAGAUUUACUGUAGUUUUAGGUGUACAAUAAGCAUGGUAGUUCCAUGAUAUGUAUAAUUCUUUGGCUCAUGGUUUACUGGUUUAAAUUCAUGAUGUAAUCUAGGCCAGAUUCUCCUUGUUCUUCUUAGUCUGGAUAGAUGAGAUAAGUGUGAAAGACAUAAAAUUAGGGAAAGCCAAAUAUAAAGGGCUCAUUUACUGGUUAGUACCAAUAGAUUCUGCAUCCAAUUGCACUGAUUGUAAAUACAACGUCAAUAAAGAGUAUAUUGGGGAAUUCA